AUGAAAAGAAUGAUGAGAGUGAAAUCUGCUGGUAAUCUCACGGAUGCUGGGGAAGAUGAUCGUAUUUUGUGCUACAAGAAGAACAUGGCACCAUUACCAGCCGCUGGACACCUCAAUCAGGCAAAGGUGCUUUAUUCGACAUGUGUCCAGCCGACUUCAGCUAUCAAAAAAUCGACUCGGCAUAUUCCUCAGCAGCCAGAGAGAGUCCUUGAUGCUCCGGAAUUGAAAGAUGACUAUUACAUGAACAUUAUUGACUGGAGUAGUUGUGGCGUCGUUGCUGUGGCAUUAUCAUGCACGUUAUAUUUGUGGAACGCUGAUAGUGGAGAAAUUCAGGCAAGAUUUCAAAGUUUGACAUGUGACCAUUCUGUUUUGACGUCAAACGAGUCCAUAGAAACAAUUUUUCGCUUUGUUCUUAAGGUUUUGUUUGAACUUGACGAAGCUAAUGAAAUGAACCUGAUCACCUCCGUAAAAUGGUCACUAGACGGGAAAUUCCUUGCUGUUGGGUUCAAAGAUGGUUCUCUAAAGUUGUAUGAUCCGCAUCGUGUACCUCCGCCAGGAGGGAAGCUGGAGUUGCGAACAAUGAAACCGCCGCGACAGUCUCGGAACGGUACUUUGCAACAGUCUCUUUGA